CCAAAGUCCAAGGGGUGGAGUCAGACCUGACUGGAGUCCAGCUCCUCCUCCCUGUAGGUUAGAGGUAUUGUGCGCAAUCUAGAUGGGGCGCCAUUGUACCUUUAGCAGGUGAGACAGGUGAGGCCAGGAGGGGUUUUUAAUUUGAACAAUCUGCUGGAUAGAAGAAAGCUGCAUUGAGCUCCUUCAUCUUCUUCAGUGUGUCGUUGUCUCUCGUUCCCUUCACAGUACACACAGUACACACUGUACACACUGUCUCGGCUUCUGAAUGUACGCAGUGGAGCUUUGAGAAAAACACACCUACCCAGCACUUCAGUCUGAACUCUGACAGAAAUACACUACAGUUACUCACUGCCUCUAUUUUAAUAUCCGCCAGACGUCACUGAUAUAAUAAUCAACUGUAUAGCAGACUUUUGGGUGUAUUUUGCUAGUUUGUGUAUUAUAUUGUGAAAAAAAUUACAAUUUCUGCCCUAAUGGGAGUAUUGUGGUGCCCCCUAGUGUCCAACACUGAAAAUCUCAGGGGGGAAAAAAUCACUAAAAACUUAUUAUUAUUAUUAUUAUUAUUAUUAUUAUUAUUAUUAUUAUUAUAUUUAUUUAUUUAUUUAUUUAUUAUUUUGUUUGUUUGUUGCUUUUUUGCUGCAGAACUAAACUCAUAAACCCGUUGGAAACUUACAGAUGAUUUGCAAUAAUCACUGAUCAGUGCCAGUUGUCUCUAUAUGCUCCAUAAAAACAUAGAUGUGUGUUAAAAUAUUGCAUUUUCUCACUUGCUUAUUUACAGCCGAAGAGAAAUGCCUUUCCGCUGCACGGGUUCUUAGUAUAGAAGGAAAUGGAAACGUUCUCAGGAGUGAUCACCUGAACUUCAUCUUUAAAACGAAAGCACGGUUUAUCUCUAAUGAUUGGUGAUAAAAUAAUAAAACAAGCACAAAAAGCCCAGCUACAAAGAGUUUACGAGAUGCUUCCAUUGUGUCAUUGACACUGUGCGUCUAAAACCAUAGCUGUCUUCGGUCUCCAGUCUUUCCUUCACACCUCAUCUUAAUCACACCUGGGCAGUAAUAGUAAUUAUGUCUAGAUAACUUGUACCGUGUAACUGUGCAGUUAACUAGAUCACUUUUACUGUGCUGGUCAGAAACGACAGUUCACUGAUGGAAGGCGAAUACAUUUCAAAUGUAUCACUUUUUUAUGAUUUACUGCUUAUUUACACAACACAGCAAAGUGUCUAUAAAAGUUAGUAAAACAUGAAAGAAUUUCCUCCCGUCCUGGAGCUCCACAUCUGUCUGCCUGCCUGCUGGAAUGCCGUCAGAUAGCCCACUACUGUACUACACCCAGCUGCGUUAACCACGCCCCCUGAACUUUCUGGAAGCAGCUGGAUCUGCUGAAAGGGGCGGGGACUACACCGAGGAGCGACAUGAUAUCGUCCCGUAGUGUGUGGUGGAACUGUUGGCUGAAGGUGCGGUGCUGUUGUGUUGCGUGAUUGCUGAAUGUUGAAUAAACGUUUCCCCUUUAAAUAGCUGCAUGUCGGGUCUGUCAGUGCGCGUGCGCGUAGAAAGGGUACAUUGAGUAGGAGGGUGUACACUAACGGGAUAAAGUUAAUGGGAGGAUCCCGGUGCCGGUGCGUGUGUGUUCUGUAGUGUAGUGUAUUGUACUGUCGCGUCUAGCCAUGCACCGGGGCGCGCUGCUGCUCUCCGCCGCCUCGGCGCUGCUCGUGCUCGCGCUUGUGCUCGUGCCGAGUCUGGGGUAUUUCCCGGAGGAGCGCUGGAGCCCCGAGUCUCCUCUGCUGGCUCCGCGCGUGCUGCUCGCACUGGUGUGCCGCAACUCGGAGCACUCCCUCCCUCAUGUCCUCGGAGCCAUCGACCGCCUACGCUACCCCAAGGACCGCAUCGCUGUGUGGGUGGCGACGGACCACAACGCGGACAACACGACGGCCGUCCUGCGCGAGUGGCUCGUUAACGUGCAGAGUCUGUACCACUACGUGGAGUGGAGGCCACAGGAGGAGCCCAGCGAGUAUGAGGAUGAGGACGGCCCGAAGCACUGGAGCGACCUACGCUAUGAGCACGUGAUGAAGCUACGACAAGCAGCGCUGGACACUGCGAGGCAGAUGUGGGCCGAUUACUUUCUGCUGGUGGACUGUGAUAAUCUUCUCACCAACCCUGAUGUCCUGUGGAAGCUGAUGAAGGAAAAUAAAACCAUCGUGGCACCAAUGAUGGAGUCCAGAGCUGCGUACUCCAACUUCUGGUGUGGAAUGACCUCUCAGGGCUAUUACAGGCGCACGCCGGACUACAUGCCCAUAAGGCAUCAGGAGAGGCGUGGCUGCUUCCCCGUCCCGAUGGUUCACUCCACCUUCCUGCUGGAUCUGAGGAAACAAGCUUCCAGUGAGCUGAACUUCUUCCCCCCACACCCCGACUACACCUGGGCCUUCGACGACGUCAUCGUGUUCGCCUUCUCCGCCCGCAUGGCAGAUGUUCAGAUGUACCUGUGUAACCGAGAGACUUAUGGGCACUUCCCCGUCGCGCUGCACAGCCGUAAUUCCUUACGGGAUGAAGCGGAGAACUUCCUGCACACCUUGCUGGAGGUCAUGGUGCGCGGUUCUCCGGUGGAACCCUCGGUGUAUCUCUCUGUCCCUCGUAAGCACCCUGAUAAACUGGGCUUUGAUGAGGUGUUCAUGAUUAACCUGCUGAGGCGUCCGGAUCGUAGAGAGAGAAUGUUGAGGACUCUGUGGGAGCAGGAGAUCACCUGCAAGAUCAUAAACGCAGUGGACGGCAAGGCGCUGAAUGAGAGUCAGAUCCGUGCGUUAGGGAUCAGCAUGUUGCCGGGUUACAGUGAUCCGUAUCAUGGCAGGCCACUCACUAGAGGAGAACUUGGCUGCUUCCUGUCCCACUACAACAUCUGGACUGAGAUAGUAGAGCGAGGACUUCAGACGUCUCUGGUUUUGGAAGACGAUUUGCGCUUCGAACUCUUCUUUAAAAGGAAACUGCAGAAACUGAUGCAGGACGUGGAGGCAGAAGGACUCGACUGGGAUUUAAUUUACAUCGGGAGGAAAAGGAUGCAAACGGACGAUCCGGAGAAACCGGUUCCCAACGUACGCAACCUGGUCGAAGCCGACUAUUCCUACUGGACGCUGGGCUACAUGAUCUCGUUACAAGGAGCCAAUAAGCUGCUGAGGGCGGAGCCUCUGAGCAAAAUGCUUCCUGUAGACGAGUUUCUGCCGGUCAUGUACAACAAGCACCCAGUGGAGGACUACAUGUCUCACUAUGAGCUGAGGGACCUGCGGGCGUUCUCUGUCGAGCCGUUACUCGUUUACCCAACGCACUACACGGGCGAUCCGGGCUACAUCAGCGACACCGAGACGUCCACCGUGUGGAACAACGAGACCGUACCCACCGACUGGGACCGAGAGCGUCCGGAAAAGAAUCGUGCCAUGCACUCGCACGCUACCUCUGACCUCUGACCUCUCGCACGAAGGAGCAGGGAAACCUUUACAACGUUGUUUCCCACCACUAGGCGGCGCAAGUGAGCAAAAACGCACCGGGAGAGGCGUGUGUAGCAAGGAACACGCUCCGCCUCAGUAGCAAAAUCAAUGUAGCGUAAAAAACGCAGCCGACGCGAUUUUGCUCUGAGAAAGACGUACUGUUUACUUACGGAAACUCAUCGGGUAGCUAGCGAAAAGUAUUCUUAUUAGCGGUUGUACUAGAGGCGAGAUGAUGAGACAGUUUUAACUUGUUCAUAUGUAUGAAUUCAAAUGACGGGUCUGAUUUCUGUGGUUUAGAGAUGCUCUGCUCUGGAUGUGGGCAUGUGGAGGGUCCGAAAAUGAAAUCUACACAAUGUUUGAUGUCUGAAGUUGCUUCUUGAUUAAUGUAGCUGAAAAGUGAAUGAAGAUUAGAGCCUCUAGUACACAUUUUCACUUUAAAACCUGGCUCGGCUCGGCUCGGCUCGGUCAUCACUUCUGUGGCAUGUUAGCUUUUUAUUAGCUUUAGCGCAGCAGUAAAGAACCGAGCUUCGGACAUGCAACAUGUUCCGUCUGAUCCACUGUGUUUAGCGUAGAGAUGUAGAGUACAGUUAAGCAGACUCAUUAAGGUGGGAAUUAUGGAAACUGUAAGUAUUAAACCGGGCGUUUGGGACACUAAUUAAGUUCCACGUUGUUGUAGAGCAUGGGAAAUGUAGAGAAACAGGAAGUUUUGCAGUAUGUAAUGGGAUAAUUUAUUUUAAAUAUAAAAAUAUACAUUAUUAUAUGGUUUCCGUACAUGUGAUCAUUCAGAACUGAGAGGACGACGUAAUUUCUCAGCUGUAUGUCGUUGUCCUAAAGUUCCAACUACCUUUUAUUAUUAAGUUUUGAAAUUUGACCCAGAAUUUAUCGCUUCUUUUAGUUCUUUAUGGUUCCAGUAUCGCACGGUGGCUUAGUGGUUAGCAUGUUCGGGGGUUCAAGUCCCACCGUGGCCCUGUGUGUGUGGAGUUUGCAUGUUCACCCCGUGCUGCGGGGGUUUCCUCCGGGUACUCCGGUUUCCUCCCCCAGUCCAAAGACAUGCAUGGUAGGCUGAUUGGCGUGUCUAAAGUGUCUGUAGUGUAUGAAUGGGUGUGUGAAUGUGUGUGUGAUUGUGCUCUGUGAUGGAUUGGCACCCUGUCCAGGGUGUACCCCGCCUUGUGCCCAAUGCUCCUUGGGAUAGGCUCCAGGUUCCCCGUGACCCUGAAAAGGAUUACAUGGUAGAAGAUGGAUGGAUGAAUACUUUGUUUUCUUUUUUAUUAAUUUUUUAUUAACAUUCUGAGUAUGAUGGAUGGUUCCAGUAUGCUGCUGGUCUAGAACCACAGGUCUGUACUAAUAUUAAUGUUAAUGUUAAAGAGGGUAUUUUGGUGGAUGGUGUUGAAAUCGAACACCCCGUUAGCAAUCUUGAGGACCGAACUGAAACGCUUGACUUACAGCUCCAGCGUGAUUCGCUCGCGUACUCGAGAGCUGUUCCGUUACUUUUAUUAUUUCUGAAUGAAUUUCAUCUCAAGAGAACUGGUGUCUGUUACUGGUGAGAACUCGGUCUUCAUCUGCUAGAUUUUUUUUUUUUCUUUACAAAACUUGGGAUGUUAGACAUAAAAACAAUACAGUUAUGAGAAGACAGUAAGAAUGACUGUAUAAACAGGUUAAAUCUGUAAAAUUGAGUAAAAAUGUAGUAAAAAUCUGUAAAGUAAAACUUUACAGAUGGUUUCUGUUGGUUGUGGGAGAGUUUGGCUGUUUCGCUAACCGAAAGUCAUCUAAUGUUGAAUUUCUGAUAUCAUAAUGUAGUGUUUUUAAUCUGUGUAACAAAUAUAUUGACGAAAGAAAGUCAUUUUUUUUUGGGGGGGGGGGGGGUUACAUUUGUUUUUAAAACCUCUGCAUUACUGAAGAUGUGAGUAAUGUAAGUACAAAAUAACUUUGUAUUUUAUUUUAUUUUUUAAACCUAUUGUUUGAAUUUUAUUAUCCAUAUUCCGUAUUUUUACUUUAUCAUCAUUGCGGCUUCAUCACUUCUUAAACGAAAUGUUCCUUCGGAGAGGAAAUUCUCCCGUUAAUGUGGUUUUUACUCGCGUGACCUGGAAGUUCAAGAUAUUCGAAUAUUUGAUUAACGUUAGUCAAAUGUCUUAAACUUUAGUUGAUGUAUUUGUUCGAUUUUUAACCCAUUAGAUAUAGAUCAGUAAAUGAAAGACAGAUCAGUUGAGAACAGCAGCUUCAGCUGCAUGUAAAAUAUUUUCUCCUUGCAGAUUAAUUUAUUGCUCGUUUCAUUACAGAUUGUGUCUAUAGAAUGUGUAAUAUGUAUCAUGGUGUGUAUUUUUACUGAGAAAUACAGAGAGAAUGUGUUUCUUCUGCAUUUGUGUGUGUUUUCAAUAACUAGUCAUUAGCCUUAGAUGUGUUUAUGUGUGUGUGUUUGUGUGUGUGUGUGUGUGUGUGUGUGAUGGCAUUUUCGGACCACUGUUUUAACAAAUAAAAACACCGCAUUUCAAGAAUAA